UAAAAAGGUGCUCCCACAUGUGGUGCAAACAGCACCGAGCAGUGGGAAGGAUGUUCACUCGUACCGUGAACACGGGCUCCUCACACGCGGCGACUUUCUCUGCCAUUUCCCUGCUUGUCCUCCUGGGCUCCGUGCACAGAGUCGAUGGAAAGCGGCACGUCUCUGGGGGCUCCUGCCAGCCGCUCACCGUCACCGUGUGCCAGGCUUUCGGCUACAAGGAGACCCUGGUGCCAAACGCUCUGCACCGGGGCAGCCAGAGCGAUGCGGACCGCGAGAUCGGCGAGUACACCUUUCCCAUCACGCUGGGCUGCUCCCCUUACCUCAAGUUCUUCCUGUGCUCUUUUUACCUCCCGGAGUGCUCGGAGGGCCAGACUCUGCUGCCCUGCCGCUCGCUCUGUGAGAAGGCCAGGAGCGGCUGUGAAAGUUUGCUCAACAAGCACGGCCACGAGUGGCCCAAGGCGUUCGCCUGCCAGUCCUUCCCGGAGGAGUCCUGCACACGGGAGGACAGUCGUUUCGAGGGACUCAGUGCAAAGGAGGUGCACAGCAGGCUGGCCAAAACGUCAUACAUGGUUGGAGAUGAAGCAUUAAGUCUCGAGACUUCCAGAACAUUAGUUUCUCUGAUGGACACAGACGAGUCGGGGACCAUCACUGUUGAAGAACUGAGAGAGCUGGAGAAACACGUGCUGCGCUGGAGGACAGUAUUCGCGUCUCUGGACCGCAGGCAAAUGGGCUUCAUGAGCUUAGAUCAGCUGAGAGCUCAACUCCUCUCAGUUGGAGUCCUUCUGUCGCCCGAGUCCUCGAAUGCAGUAUGGCAGCGAUACGGCUCUGAAAAAGGGAUGAGAUACAAUGAGUUUGUGGCAUGUGUCACAAGGCUGCGGAGCUUGACAGAUGCUUUCAAGAGGCGUUUGCUCAACGGCUUGCCGUGUGUCUGCGAAGUGGCCGGCUUCAGAUACGAUGAGUUCAUCAGGGAAACUAUCCCAUAACUUCCAUUUCUACAUAUAUCAUAUCUCAUUUGCGUUAUCAGGAGUCCUUGCAUUUCUGAUGAUUUCACCUCACAAGUCUUCUGUUAGAUUUACAUUUCUUCUUCACACAGACACUUUUCUCCAAAGAGACAUUGGAUGAUUAGUCACUAGUAUUUAUCUGACCGCUUUGUCCAAGGCGACUCACCGAGUUGGGCACACUGCAGUAAACUCCUUCAGUCGAUCACACAUGUAGACAGCAGAGCAGUGUAAUGAACUACUGGCAGUUCAGAGUCACCGGUCUACUUGAAACACAUUUCUUUGGACUGUGGGAGGAAACCAGAGCACCCAGAGGAAGCUUACAAACCAAUAUCCUGUCGCACAGCACAGGAGCUGUGAGGCACCCGCAGUACUUGUGUCACCAUGUUGCUGAUUAAUUCUGAGCGUAAUCUACUUCGGUGUGUAGCCUUUGCGGACAUAAAAAUGUAAAUGUACUGGUCUGUUAUUGGAGAAAAUCUUAAAGGCACAAAAAAGGACUGUUUUGGCAAAGCACUGAGAUGCUUGUAAUAAAAACAACAGCUGUGGAAUGUUUUUAAAUUUACAGAUAAGAAAAUGAUUUACAGACACUAUGCGAGUGUGUUUUCCUGAUAUAAAAUAACACACACACACACACACACACACACUUUCAGAACCCCUUGUCCCAUACGGGGUCGCA